CGGCGCUGCGCCCCGCCGCCCCGUGCUAAGGCGCCGCCCGGCGUGGCCCCCGCGCCCCUUGGGCGGAGGGCGCCGGCGGCGGGGGGCGCCGGGGAAGGGCUUUGCGCGCCCGCCCCCUCCUCGCCCGCCGCGGCCAGCGGGGGGAUUAGUCAGCAGUCUGCGCGCAGCUCCGCGGCGGGGAGCGGCCCCUGCCCUUUCCCGCGGCGGCGGGGCUGCCCCCCGCGGCGGGUUGGGCGAGCGAGGCGGCGAGGGGCUGGGAAAAACUCCUCUCGGGCACGGCGGCGCUGCGGGAGGAGGAGGAGGAGGACGGUCGCACGCCCGGAGGCGGGCGGGUUCGCAUCCGCGCCCCCGGGCACCCGCAGCCGCAGCCGCGCCCGGCGGGGCUGCCCCAUGGUCUUGCGGGGGCCGUGGGGGAGCUGCGGGGGCCCCGGCGCGGCGCUCGCUCUCCUGCGCGCCCUCCGCACUAGGAUGUUGCGGCAGGUCUUGCACAGGGGGCUGGGGACGUCCUUCUCCCGGCUCGGCCACUUCGUCGCCAGCCACCCGGUGUUCUUCGCCUCGGCGCCCGUGCUCAUCUCCAUCCUGCUGGGCGCCAGCUUCAGCCGCUACCAGGUGGAGGAGAGCGUGGAGCACCUCCUGGCUCCCACGCACAGCCUGGCCAAGAUCGAGAGGAACCUGGUGGACAGCCUCUUCCCGGUGAACCGCUCCAAGCACCGGCUCUACUCCGACCUGCAGACGCCGGGGAGGUACGGCAGGGUGAUCAUCACCUCCUUCCGCAAGGCCAACAUGCUGGACCAGCAUCACACCGAUCUCAUCCUCAAGUUGCACUCUGCUGUGACCAGGAUCCAAGUUCAAAGACCUGGUUUCAAUUACACGUUUGCCCAUAUAUGUAUCCUGAACAAUGACAAGACAUGCAUAGUGGACGACAUAGUGCAUGUACUGGAGGAAUUAAAGGCUGCUCGUUCUUCUAAUCGAACUAAUUUUGCAAUCACUUAUCCAAUUACUCACUUAAAGGAUGGCAGGGAAGUGUAUAACGGGCAUCAGCUUGGUGGGGUUACUGUGCACAGCAAAGACCGGGUGAAGUCUGCAGAAGCCAUUCAGCUCACCUACUACUUGCAGGCAAUCAACUCCUUGAAUGACAUGGUGGCAGAGAAGUGGGAAUCCAUUUUUUGUGACACUGUUGAACUUUUCCAGAAAUCCAACAGGAAAGUCAAAAUGUAUCCUUUCACUUCUUCUUCGCUGAAGGAGGAUUUCCAGAAGACAAGCAGGGUGUCAGAACGCUACCUGAUCACAAGCCUGGUCCUUGUGGUCACCUUGGCCAUUCUCUGCUGCUCCAUGCAGGAUUGUGUCCGCAGCAAACCCUGGCUUGGCCUGCUGGGAUUGCUGACCGUGACCCUUGCCACCCUGACUGCAGCUGGGAUCAUCAAUCUCACUGGUGGGAAAUACAAUUCCACCUUCCUGGGAAUCCCCUUCGUCAUGUUAGGUCAUGGGUUAUAUGGGACUUUUGAAAUGUUGUCCUCCUGGAGAAAAACUAGAGAAGACCAACAUGUUAAAGAGAGGACUGCAGCUGUAUUUGCAGACUCCAUGCUCUCAUUUUCUCUCACCACUGCCAUGUACCUGGUCACUUUUGGAAUAGGUGCCAGUCCCUUCACUAACAUUGAAGCAGCCAGGAUUUUCUGCUGCAAUUCCUGUAUUGCAAUUUUCUUCAACUACCUCUAUGUACUCUCCUUUUAUGGUUCCAGCCUGGUGUUUACUGGCUACAUAGAAAACAACUACCAGCAUAGUAUCUUCUGCAGAAAGGUACCAAAGCCAGAGGUAUUGCAAGAGAAGCCUGCAUGGUAUAGGUUUCUUCUGACAGCCAAAUUCAGUGAGGACACAGCAGAUUCGGAGGAAACGAACACUUAUGAGAGUCAUCUUUUGGUGUGGUUCCUUAAACGCUAUUAUUGUGACUGGAUAACAAACACUUAUGUCAAGCCUUUUGUAGUUCUCUUUUACCUUGUUUAUAUUUCCUUUGCCUUAAUGGGCUACCUGCAGGUCAGUGAAGGGUCAGACCUGAGCAACAUCGUAGCAACCGCAACACGGACCAUUGAGUAUACAACUGCCCAGCAGAAAUAUUUCAGUAACUACAGCCCAGUGAUAGGGUUCUACAUCUAUGAGUCAAUUGAGUACUGGAACACUAGUGUCCAGGAGGACGUGCUGGAGUAUACCAAGGGCUUUGUGAGGAUAUCUUGGUUUGAAAGCUACUUAAAUUACCUUAGGAAACUCAACAUAUCUACUGGAUUGCCCAAGAAAAACUUCACUGAUAUGUUGAGGAACUCUUUCCUGAAGGCCCCUCAGUUUGCCCAUUUUUCAGAGGAUAUCAUAUUUUCCAAGAAGUACAACAACGAAGUCGAUGUUGUGGCCUCCAGGAUGUUCUUGGUAGCCAAGACAAUGGAAACCAAGAGGGAAGAACUUUAUGACCUCCUGGAGACCCUGAGGAAGCUCUCUCUCACCUCCAAGGUGAAAUUCAUCGUUUUCAAUCCAUCAUUUGUGUACAUGGAUCGUUAUGCCUCUUCAGUGGGAGCCCCCUUACAAAACUCCUGCAUUAGUGCUUUAUUUCUGCUCUUCUUCUCUGCAUUCCUGGUGGCAGACUCUCUGAUCAAUGUCUGGCUCACUCUAACUGUUGCCUCGGUUGAGUUUGGAGUUAUAGGUUUUAUGACGCUGUGGAAAGUGGAACUAGAUUGUAUUUCUGUGUUGUGCUUAAUUUAUGGAAUUAAUUAUACAAUUGACAACUGUGCUCCACUGUUAUCAACCUUUGUCCUGGGCAAAGAGUUCACAAGAACUAAAUGGGUGAAAAAUGCCCUGGAAGUGCAUGGGGUAGCUAUUUUGCAGAGCUACCUCUGCUAUAUUGUUGGUCUGAUUCCUCUUGCAGCUGUGCCUUCAAAUCUGACCCGUACACUGUUCAGGUGCUUGUUUUUAAUAGCAUUAGUCACCUUCUUUCACUGCUUUGCCAUUUUACCUGUGAUACUGACUUUCCUGCCACCAUCCAAGAAGAAGAGGAAAGAGAAGAAGAAUCCUGAAAACCGUGAGGAAAUAGAGUGUGUUGAAAUGGUGGAUAUGGAUAGCACCCGAGUGGUUGACCAAAUUACAACAGUCUAACUUGUUUGUUUGUUGCUUUUUUACACUAGGUCUUACUGAGAAAAAAAAAAAAAAAAGAGAAAAACCGUACUAACUAGUACUGACUAAAUAUCUGGGGAGGGGAAAAGGUUUGGAGGUUUUCCCUCACCCCUCUAAUUCAAACCCAGGAAUAUUCAAAACAAUGGGAGAAAUUAAAAAUAAUUUUUCAAAAAAGAGCUGGGGGAUUGAACCUUGCUCAGCUCCUAUAACAGGUAAUAAGAGAGAAUUUGCAUACACAUGCAAAUAGGAGUUGAAUUUUAGACGCAUGAAGUAAGAUCUAAUGAGAGAAGUUGGGUUCCUAAGCAGCCGUCUGCAUCGCCUGUACUGCAGAUGCUGCAAUUAUUGUGGCUAAACCCAAUCAGAUUGAAAGGUCAACUGUCAAGGCUGAAGUAGCACUAAAUGUUCGCUGGAUGUAAAGGCUUUACAAACUUUCUGCACAGCAAUAACUCAAGUCAGUGAGUCAGCUCUUAUAGGUCUUAGCCAUCACAUUUAAUUUUUCUUUUCUGCCCUAAUCUAAACAUUUAUGCAAGUCUGUAUAACUAUCUGUACUGGGAAAGAAGGCAGUACACAGCAACCAAACACUUUCUAAACACUUAUGUUAUGAAUCACUUUUUUUUCCUAAAAAUAACAUUUUAAAAUGUAAAUCAUCCCUUGUAACAUUUUUAAUCAUGGUUUUAUAGCAGUUUCUUUUUCAUAUAAAAACAAAACAAACAAAAAAAAGAACAAAAAAAUGAACAAAAAAAUUCCAGUGACUCUGUCACUCUAGAAAAUAUAUAGUUCUAUUUUAUACAUGUCUCGCUACUAGUUAAACACGUAAUCUGCUUUACCAACUGUAAUCUUGUUAGGACUCUACUAACACGUGCAAGUGGAUCUAGCAGCAGACAGAAGAUGGUGUACUGAAUAUUUCAGCACCAAAAUCCAUGACACAAACCUCAAAUACUAAAAUGUCAACAAGGAAGUGAAUGUUAGGGCUCUUUUAGCAAGAGCCUAUUUCAGGCCAUUCACUGUUAAUGCACACUAAGAGGAUUAGUGCGUAGUUCUACGUAAUGUAUAGCUUAAUCCCUCAGUCUUCCUAGAGGACCUGUAAAGCAAUAGACCUUGCAGCUAUGGGCUCUUCCAACAAACCGUGGACCAUAAGAAUUGUAUGGAAUACACCAAAGGUUGGGACUGUGGUUUAGCAGCAGCAAGUUUAACGUUGUCUCCAAAGAGCCUAUAUCUAUGGGGCCUAUUGAAAACGUCACAUCUGAGGGAAGACAAAUUUUAAAAAAACCUUAAAAAGAUUACAUUACUGAGUCUUUUUGGAGCUGUAAGUUCUAAAUCAAUAAUUUUGUCAGCAUCUGUGAUGUGGAGUAAUGCAGAUAAAGAAGCAUCUCUUUCCUCUUCCGCCCCCUCCACCUUCAAGAGCAACAGGCUCCUUACUGUAAGGUUUUAUCAUGCAGCUGAACCCCAGCGGGGAUACGUCAGCUAGUUCUGUAGGCUUUGUUGAGAGUAUUCCAACUAUACAUUGCCUGCAAAAACCCAGUUGCAGGAAUCAGGCUGGUGUGUUGGGUGGUCUCGUGAAUAUAUGGACUAUUUUUGGUGCAAGGUGAAUGUAUUGAAACCAGACUCCUUUAUACAUCUCAUCCGGAAAGUAAGAUAUAAGUUUUCAGCAGUUGGCACAGCGUUUGCCUCAAUAACAGUUUCUGGAGGGCAAAGGGGUGUUGCAGGAGCCUUGGGGCUUGGACCACUGAGGGCACUGUGGCUCAGGAGGCUGCCUGUGUUACCCAUACAGUGAUUAGCACAUCUGUGGUCACAAACACAGGGUAUGCUUCAUUGCAUUAAACUGUUCUAGCAUCCAGUCCCAGUGAACCCCCAUUGCGUUGUGAAAAACCCACAAAUGCCACCUAGUGAAUACUAAUUUUCAAGCAAAGAAAUACUUCUGAAACUUCCUCCAUUGCAGAAAAUAAGAUAAAACGGAUAUUUUCCCCUGAAGCAAGAUGUUGCAUACUGACUAGCAAAACAGGUCAGCAGUGCAGCUGGCAACAUUUACUUUCCCCUGGAUAAGUCUCUCCACUGACCAGAAGGAAAGGAAGCUGCGUCCAGGAAUGCACAGGCUCUUUGCUUGAAUAAACAACAUUUGCUGUGGUAGCAGCUGGGAAGCUGUAACAACUACUUCGGCCUUGGCAGAAAUCAGGUGGACACCUUAAAGACAGCCAAAUGAAUGUGAGGUGAGGGAAAAGAUUGUUUUCCCCUGCUUUCUUUAGAUUCAGGCUUGGGGUUUUCAAGCCGAAAAGCAUUCCUUAAAUAUAUUUUCACUGUAAAAUUUCUGUAAUGGUCAUUAUAUCAUUUAAUUAACAAUCACCCUGUCUCAUGGGUAUUCAACAGGCAGCUGCAGUGGCUUUUAAGCUUCUGAGGGCAUUAGCAAAUUAGUUGAGAGUUCUAGAGGAAUUGUAAAACCACUUUUGGCAGCAGCAGUCUACUGGCUUCUGGGACACCUGGAAAUGGAAGAUGUGCAAAAGAGGUUGUUUGUACACCUCAGAGAGGAAUACAUAGCAAACAUUUAUUUUACACCUUGUCUCAUCCCUAGUACUUGCAAACACGAGAUGCAAGGAUGACUACCAUAAAGCUCUUCACAUCUAAUUGAAAUGCAUAGGUAGAAGCAUCUUUAAAGAGAUAUCCAAAGACGAGCUUGUAGUUUCACGGAUCUCUUAUUGAAUCUCAGCAUGUGAGGCCUUCAGAGAUCUUCAAGGAGGGUGAUAAAACCUGUGAUAAAAUUAAUUCUCUAUCUCAAAACCUGUCAGAAAAAGAAUGUAGAGGCGCUCCUAUGCCAAAGUGCUGCAGGAUGUGCUUGAGUGUCCACGGAAGACCAGGUGAGAAGUCCUGCAGCCCACCCCUUUGCCCUAAGGCUGAGCCAAUGACAUUAAAUUGUUUCUGAAGGAUGUUUGUCCAGCCCAUUCUUAAAAAUCUUUUUAAGGGCAGAUUCCUCCCCUAGCAGUUACCCGCAGUGCCAUUACUCCACCAGUAACUACUAAUUCCUACUGGCUGCCUGUGACUGACAAGGAGGAGCCAUGCCGCUGUCAACAUAGGAAAGGACUGGCCAGACAAGAGACAGUCUCUAAAGCCUCCCACCCCCCUCAGAAAUCUGAAACAGAGACAAAAGUAACAUGGACAUUUAUCACAGUUUCACCUCAAGCUGCCACUUAUCUCCCCACCUCCAAGCUCAGUGAGGUAAAGCCAUGAAAAUAUCCAAGGCAUACUCAGCCUAGGUCCAUGAGAUUUCUGCCCGAAUCCUGAUAUGUCUGAGGGAUGCACCAAAUACACCUUCUCUAGCUUGAAUACCUCAACAGGAACCAGAGUGACAUGUUCUCAAGGUUUCAGACUAUGCUAAUCCACUUUGGCCUUCCUCCCCUUUGACAUUUUCCUCUGGAGCAACGAUCUUCACCAAAGUCAAUUGGUCCUCACGUCACCAAUUGAUAAAUAGGUGUGGAUUCUGUGCUCUGUUCUCAGUCCAAAGCACUCCCAGUGGCUGACUGUGCAUAAGACUUCUUUAUCCUUACUGGUGAACCUCUGUUUUGGAAGACUACCUAGGCUUAAGUGUGGUUUUUUGUCAUACUCUUCAAUGGCUUUUUAGCCCAGGUAUCACUGUGGUUUUGUUUGCAAUAUAGAUGACCCGAAUUUUGUAUAAACUCAGUGAGCAUAACAAAGUAUUACACACCGUCAGGCACUGACUAAAAUCUAACAACAAAAAUUUAACUGAGCCUAACGAGACUAUGUAGAACUGUGGCUCACUGAGCACAUAUAUCUUGUACAAACAUUAAAAUUUCCAUACAGUAAGGUAUGGUGUACAGUAUAUUUUCACAAUAGGGUAAGCAUGGGGAAAAUGAACAAAUCUAAGUGCCAAUGGCCAUCAAGAUCAGUCUAGUUUUCUCAUAACAUAAUUCCUAAUGUUGUCUUGGCACAAGUUCAUUUUCAAUUUACAAGUAUUCUAAUUAGAGGAACAAAUGAAGAGAGAAAAGUUGGUGUAACUGGAAUAACUAUGCCAUAAAAAUUAAUUGAUGAAGCCAGAAUUUUCUGCCCAAAGGUUUAUGUGGAAGUGUUCUACUUAGAUUAAAAUUAGAGCUGUGAAAGCUGAGUAAAACCUGUCUGGCAAAGAAAAAGAGCUUCUUUUCCAAAGACAAGCAAACACACUUGUCAUGGUCAACUGCAUGAACCUGGAGGGAAAGCAGUUCCAAAGUGGCCUGAGGUUACGUUGAGCCAUGUGAGGAUUCGCAUCUGCUCUCAGAAGCUUUCUGAGCCAGCACUGCAUUCAGGUAAAACAUGUACUGUAAAUUGAAAGGUGUACUUUUAAAUGCUUUUCUCUAGGCUGACUGUCUUCCUGUGAGCCACAAAAUCUCCCCUCAACCAAUGUCUAGCUUAAUUUUAUUCAAAGAGGAAACAAAAGAGGGUGGCGGUUUGACUGGGCAGAGUUCAGGAGAGUCAGAAAGAAGACCUGAUUUUUCUAAAAAACAGUGAGGAAGCCAGAAACAGCUCUUUAGCAAGUGAUUUUUGUGGGAGAAGAGCUACCAAAGCUUAGCAGACUGAUGUUUCUCCUAUUUGUUAAUUUUGGAAGCAGAUAGUGUGUUCAAGGAGAUAUAGGGAAGGGAAGCGGAGUUAUUAGGAGUGAGCCUUGGGUUCACUGUGGACCCCCAAUUGCUGUAGCUGCUCUCACUUGUUUGGGAGCUGACAGCAGACUGCAAACACAGGAGGGGCAGGGGCAGCUGUGUUGCAUGGGAACUGGGAACACCAGACCAGGCACUGCGGUGGGGAUGCUUCCCAUGUCACCAUCCCACAGCCCAGCAGUUUAUGGGGGUGUGCACAAUCCGGAGUAUGCUCGAGCUCCCAUGCGCGCACAGCUAGCUCCUCACGUGCCUUGAGUUAUGGCAGCGCUGCUGGUUUUUGCUGAACCAGAGCUCGUGUGGUAAGGCACAAGCCACUUCUUGGACUUCUUGGACUACAUUGAUAACUAAAACUACUUGUCAUUUAUUUACUUAUAAAUACUUUGAAAUAAGUAAAGCCUUCCCAGGGUACAUAGAGCCCUCAUGAGAAGGCGGCUUGGAGGGGUGAGAGCCCCUUUCCAUCCCCAAAAGUAGACAACAUCCUCCACCAUCACCAGGCACUACAUCAUAGCCACAGGGCACUUCAACUCAUGGUGGGGAUGGACCGCUCGGGAGGCCUUGUGAAACCUAUCCACUGGUGGGAAAGUGCAAAGGAGAACUUUUGGGGUGUUUUUAUUGUAGGCUUGGUUUGUUUUUUUUUCUGAGAAGAACAUAGCAAAGGCACCCCAGGAGGGAAUUCAAAGAGAUAUUCCUGCUCACAGCGCAUAGGUUGGGACAGAGUAACAUGCCCCAGUGUGCCACCACUCACCCUGUUGUAGUCCUGGCACAGCUUCUGCCUGGAGGAAGGGCACUUCAGCAUCACCUGGGGCUGCCUGGGACAGCUGCUUCUCAGGCAUGAAUCAAUCUGAUGUAGUUGGUGUUCUGCAAGUUAUUACCUUUUUUUUUAAUUUGAAAAAAAAAUGUCAGCAUAAACAAUUCUAGGUUAUUUAAGCUCCAAGAAGUCUUAAUCUGUGCAUCAAAUAAAUGGCUUUCAAGAUGUCAGGGGGUUUUAUUUGGCAUUUUUAAAAAACUAUUUUUACUAUUUUUGUAUUAAUUUAGGGGGGAAAAUUGUAUAAUGAAUUUCAAUGUAUAGUAUAAGCCUAAAAUAAAAUGGCUGUCUCUCUCGUUGCUUCCUGUGCUCCCAAACUGCUACAGGAGUUCCCAUAUCAUCGUCAACCCAGCAAACCAAUUUACUUGGCCUAACCCAAGUCAUCAGGCUGUGCAACCUCCCUAACUCUUAUCAGAGAGGAGUGGUGGAGCAGUUCAGGGGCACCUGCUGCAGCAUGGAGCCAGCAACAUCCCAAAGACAAAGGGCACACUGCUUCUCCAGCAGCUUCUCUUGUCCCAGGCUGCACACACUGCUCAGCAGCAAGCACAGGGAAGGUGCAUUCAUCAAUGGAUGCUUCACAUCUAUCCAUGUCCAUGUAAUGACAUCCAAGUCUGCUUUUGAAGGAGUUCCUAGCUACUUCAGAACCCCCACCCAAGCAGGCAAAGCAACAGCGAAGGUAGAAGCCUCCAACUGAUUUGACCUAGUGUUAUCUGCUCAGGCAAGAACUAGACCUACCAAAAUUCCAUAUAUAGACCUGAAAUGUUACUAUUGAACAUAAUUAUUAUUAUUAUUAAAAUUUUUCUUACCUGCACCUUAGCAUCCAUAAAGUUAGGAAGCCUCAUCAUCACUGCAUGACUCACCUUUGCUGCUCGCCAGUAGAACCACAGCACUGCCCCAGGAUCUUCCAGUGACUGUGGUCCAUCAUCCUCUUCCCACACUUAAGUAGACCACCCAUUUACACCUUUUCCCAAUGUUUUGGGGAAGGGGAUCAGCACCCCUAUAGACUCACAUGGACCAACUGCUUCAAUAGAGAAGCAAACUACCACACCAAGUGACAGGGGUGACAGUUACAGCUGCUCUGUCACAACUGGUUACAGCAUUGAGAUAAAAAUCAAUUUACUCUGAAAAGUAGGUGAGCCAGACCCAAGCCCAGCUCAGGGCAAACAGCAGCAGGUCUGAAAGCUAGUGGGCUACCAAGGGCUUUCAGUCACUUUAGGUUAAUGGGAAGAUUAGGUCUUCAAUUUAAAGAUGAUUUCUGUUACCUGUUACAUCUCAUGGCCAUGUCCCUUCCAGUCAUACUUUCUUCCAGUCAUACAUUGCCUUAAAUUCAGCAUCCUCAAGCACUGUCGGCAGAAAUUCUUGCUGAAACAGGAAAUCAAAUUGUAUCUAUUCUAAUUCCUAAUCUAAUGCAAGAGAAGCCACGUCUAAGCAUCACACAGGAACUCGAGCAAAACUCCCAUAUAAGGUUGGUGUGCCUCAUUUGUCUGCAUUAGCAGGAGCUGUUCAUGCAAUUCUCCAUAGACUUAAUUUACAAAAAUCAAGCUUUCCAAAUGUGUAAUUGAUAUAUUUUAUUCUGAAAACUCAUCUGUAUAUAUACUUUCAGAAUAGAGGCAGGUUAAGUCUAAUUUUUAGGUCAUCAGGGAAUACGGUUAAGCCCAAAAAAUGUUCACGAAUGGCAUGUCAAUUACACAUGUAAUUCUUUCACUAUUACAUACCGAUCAGAAUAUUGUCAUUGCAAAGUACCACAUUUCCUUAUUUAUAUAACUAAUUUGGACACAGAACUAGACAGGAUUAUGGACUCAAAAGAGGGAAGUAUACUCACAUUUACAUUCAUCCUUCAAGCAUCACUUAAAUAUGUAUAAGUUAAUGGCAAUGUAGAACUUACUGAGGAGAAUUGGGUUUGUUUUGCUGAUUUCAUUGGCUGGCAGAGAAUAACUGAAAUAUAUGGCAAGCACCUACCUAGAAAGAACCAGGGAGUAAGAUAUUUAACAGUCCAUCAGUGGAGAUAGAAGUCCACUUGAAAAUUUAUAGACAUGGGAAAUGUUAGAAUUAUGUUAAAGACCCUAGUACCUGGGUGUCUGGACAAUAUACAAUAGAGUUUGUUAUAGAUGAAUGCAGAAUAUUCUAUUCUGAUUCUUCUUGGCCACAUUCAGUCCCUUUAAACAUGAUCUAUUCUAUAAACAGACAUACUUUUGAGCAAGACUUGUACUUCUCUUCCUAGAAAUUAUUGAGUUGCACAGGUGAAUUUUGCUGGAAACAAAAUUUUAAAUGUAUACAAAAAAAAUGGAAGCCAGAAAAUACAAUUCACAAAAAAAUAUGCCUUCACAUACUGAUUAUAUUUCAUAAUAAGAAAUCUGUUCACUGAUGCUACAAGUGAAAAUGAUUUUAUAUUUGUCAGUUAUAUUCAGAAAAAUGAGAUGCCUCACUAAUAUAUAUAGUGUGUACACCCCCAUGCCAAUUAUGUAUUUUUAUACACCCAACUCAAGCUGGUUUCAUAUAAAGAGAAGGAAAAGCCAGCCCAGAAACAUAGUUGAAAGCUGGUAGGAAGAAUGAUUUAGCUGUCCUGAAAUUAGUAAUGAAUCAGCAGAGAGGGAGCAAUAGAAAGGUUGGUAAGGAGUUCAGGAAAAAAGAAGCCAGCUGCAGAAAUGCAGAGCUGUUGAGAAAGGUUUUAUUUUGUCAGGUGGAUGGAAGAGAAUUGAUACAAAAGCUGAGUUACAAUGGGAACGAAGAAUGAACAGUGAGAAAAAUUACAUGACCAUAUGUAAGAUUUGCAGCUGUAAUGUAUAUUAGGGCUGUCUAAUAAAAGACAGGGUCCGUCCAUGUAUGGAAAAUAAAAAUUCACAGCUGCCUAAUUAUAUGAAUUCAGAUACAGAUUCAGUACUUAUUGCUUUAUAUAGAUAGGUAGAUAUCAUUCAUUUAGUUACAUAUCAUUCAUGAUCUUAUCUGGAGUCCAGAGCUGUAGACUUUAGCAUGAUAUAUGUACAAUAUGAUACAGAAAGAGCAAUCAGUUGGAUUCUGGUUCACAACUGUUUGAAUAAUAACAAAUGAACCCUCACUCUUUUUUACUACAAUUCUUAUGGAAGAAGCUGACUUUUAAUGUUUCUGAAACAGCCAUGCCUUCCUCAUCAAAUACUUAAGUGUUGGAGGGUAUUUUUUUCUUUUCUUUUUGAAGAUGCGAUCAAUUUUCUUCCUGGCCAAAGUGAGCCCUCAGGCGCAUUACCUACAGCAGGAAGUGGGAAAUACAAGCUCUCUUAAGGUGAUUCCUGAGCCAAGAACAUCUGCAAUUGAAUUUUUCUUUUUUUCCUCCUCUCAGCAUGCUAUUGCAAGUUCUUCCAGACUGGUGUAUUGACAGUUUUACCAAUUAGUAUACCACAUCUCUGGCUGCACAAGAGGUAGGAUUCCGACGAGCUGCUCAUGGUGUUUCUUCCAGAGGCAGUGGCCACAUUGUAAUUUCAGGAUUAUUCUUCCUCAUUAGCCCCUCUGAUGGGAGCCAUUUCUGCCAAUAGCUUGGAUCUUACUGGAAGGUUGGCUGCAGCAGCUGUCACAGGAAAGCCAACAACAUUUUGCUGCUCUGACAUACCUCUGAUAUGCAAAAGUGACAUAACAUAUAUUAUUAGAUCUACAAAGGCAAAGCAUUCAAAGCUCAGUGUCAGCACAUCAUAUUAUACUUGAUAUCGCCAUCUGUGAGCAUGUUAUACGACAGAUUUAUAACAUGGAAGUUGCAGAAAAGGGGAGAGUAAAAGAGAGAGAGAGAAUACAAUUUAAACUACUCAUUCAACACUCUGCAAACCUCUCCAUCAAGGGAAGAGUUAUUGCCUCACAGUCAGUGGUGACACCAAGCCUGAAGAAUCUAAUUUACAGGAAAAGGUUAAAAGACUUUGGCUUAGAAAGGGGAAAUCUGGAGCUGAGAUAUGUGACUUCAGAAUUACAGAAAGAAUUGCUAAAAUCCAUGAGUUCCUUUUUUUGCCCAGCAUGUGCUUCAAAACCCAGAAUCUCGGAAUACAAAAUGUUUGAAGUGAGAAGCAAAUAAUAAAUUUAUGAAGAAUAUUUCACAGGUAGAAAUUACAUAUAUAUAUGGGAAACUGGAAAGUCAAGGGAGACAAAAAGUCGACUCAGAUGAGAAAUGCCUAAAUUUACUGUAGAGAAUGCCAUAAAAACCUGCACAGAAAAACUCCCAAAUGUACUUACAGCCCUGAAGAGCUCUUCAGGUGGUCUGUUCCAGGACCAGUCUGAAAAAUAAUGUAAGAGUUUUAAAUUACUGACAACUACAACCAACGGAGCUUUAAACUGUGAAGCCUGAGUAAGGAAGAAAUAGAAAAAAUUAUAGGAAAAUAAUGAUGGACUUUUUGUGUACCUCAGCACUUCUCCAGAGACUUCAUGGGAGUUAUAGCUUACAGUACUUGUUUCAAGCAUGGCCCAUCAGAUUCCAGAUGACCGUUUUCCUCUUCCCCUUGAAGCCAAAGGCUGAGUUUCCUUUCACCAGUCCACAUUCUAAGGCAGAUGGUCCCUCUAACACUGCCCAAGGGACCAAGGGUCUGGGACAGAGGCAAACAUCGACCAGCACGGGUGUGAUAGGGAACAGCCCAUACCCAAUCCACUGCAGGGCAAAGCUUUAUUACUCCUUCAUCAGAGAGAUAUGCAAAAGAGGCCAUUCAUCUUUUUAUAUUCUUUAGAAGCUUGUAAUAAAAAUUGGCCACUAUGGUACUUUCUAAAUGUGCUAAGAUGUAGAUGUGCUAUGGAUGCCAUCCAGGCAUACUUAAUGCUUGUGCUUUUCCAGUUCCUGGUAGACCUCAGCCUUUGGCUGCAAGACACGCAACCCAUCUGACAUUCAUAUUGUAGGUUUUAUUGAGAUAACUGUUUGCUGAAAGACGCUUUGUUUAGAUCAAACAAAUCUUUUUAAUUAUGAGCUGCUUUAUUCACCCCAGAAGGUUUUCCACACCUGCCAUCUCUGUCCUCUGUUAGCACAUUUGGAAAUGAAAGUGACCACAGUGGCAAGGAGAGAACUGAGAAUAAAGUAAAAGCACCAUUAUUUUUGCUAAAUGGCAACUGAUUUUAUGAGGCUCGAUUAUGAGUGAUUUUGUGAGCCUUGUUUUCCACUACCAUAUUUUUCAAAAGGUGCUCAAUAUUCCACUCCUAAACCAGGAAGACCUAUAGGUUUUCAGUAUACUCUGAGAAGAGUAUAACAGCUGGCUUCAAAACAUGUUGUCCAGUGAAAAUAAAAUAUUGGAAAGGGGAGGAGAGGUGGAUAGAGUUGCUAGAUUGGAGAUAUUCAGCAGAAAAUAUUGGCUUAAUUUUUUCAAAGAAUAAGAAGUUCAGAUUUUUACCUUUGUUCUGAUAGGAACACCUUACUGAGUCUGACAAAUUCAAAGCAUAUGAAAUCUUUCACAAAAACUUCUGUGCAGAAGAAGAGAGGCAGAAGGUGAGCUGAGAAAAGACAUAUCUUUUCUGACUUACUUCUAUAAUGUCUUAGCCUUGUCACAGACCCAGGUAAUAGCAGUGUGUCUAGUAUCGAAGCAGUGGCGUACCUGUGUUUGGAUACAAUCAUUUUAUGGAACAGUAAAGAGGUAAACAGUUCCCUGGUAAGGCAGAUACCCGCCGAGCUUAUUUCAAAGUGCUGUUGAAGAGAAGGGAGGCAUUGAGCUCUAACUCCACAGACAAGGGAAGAUGGGGCAGAUGAACCGCAAGCAGGCAGCACUUCACAGGAAGGCAACAGCAAAAGCAAACAAUAGCAAAUGUAGUAAUUGUGUGGAAGCACGGAUUUGGAUGCAGAAUUGACUGAAUGUUGCCAAAAAUUCUUUGGUCUAGGAAAAAUAAAGUCAAGGAGUGUCAAAAUCCAAAAUCUCUCUACAGCUUGUUAUGGCUUAUGUGUAAUGUCACCAGUUCUUUGGUGCUCUCAUGCCAUUCAAAUCCAUAACUGUUUCUUUAGACACAGUUCCUGUAAUGUAUGUUAAGUCAGCCAGUGAGCAAAUACAAAGCAUACAUAGGUGUUCAGUCAUAGAUCUGUAGUCACCAAAGGUAAUCCUCCACAGAUAUCCCCAUUCCUAAAAUAUGUAUGAAAUACAUGUAUUUCACAGAACAAUGUGAAAAAUCUACACAAAAUUCUAAUCUACCUGAAAACAACAAUUUGCUUUGAACAGGCCAAACAGAAUGUAAAAAUUGUUUCCAGCAAAUACUUUUACAAGCUCUAAAUAUGAAGGUAAAGUAGGUCUAUUCAAGUCUUCUGAAGAGAGUAAGAGAGGAGGAAUGUGAAAAAACACAUGGAGUGCAAUUUAAAGAAGCAAGCAAGCAAAUCAUGAUCAGAGUAUGUCUAUAAAACCUUGGCAGUUGACCUUCACUGGGUGAGGAUGGUAAGUGGCUUGGAGAAUCAGCAUUUCAUCAAGUGGUUGAGUAUAUUUUUACCCUUAUCAAAAUAUGAACCAGCUCUUCAGGUAAAAACUGAUCAUGCAGGGUUUGCCCAUUUGCCUGCUCUCAAUGAGGGUGAAAAAAGUUGUAUUCCUAAAUGAACCUGUGAUCUCUGCUGACUUUGGUUAUUUCAGAUAUAUUUCUGUUAACUACUAAGGGGAAGAAAAUCAGAAAUAAAAAUGUUCUAAAGCUUUAAUACUCUUUCUUUUCUUGAGAAUCUAUCCUACACCUCCCAUUAGCUUCUUCUUUUCCUAUGCCAGACCUCUCUUACAAAAUUCCUCAAUUUUGGCCAAUUGGCUCAAGCGCUCCCCUAAUACACUCUUGCAAUUGUAAGCACUCAGGGGUUCCACUAAAAGGGUGGCUGGAUGCAGCUUCAGGACUAAUUGUAUCCUAUGAGUUAUAGAAUUAUGCACCAACAGCUAAAAGGACACAAUUACAAGACGAACUAUUGUGACACACACUGUGUAAUGUCAUACAAUCAAAUGCAAUGUUUAGUAAACAUGAACCUCUUUGUCAUUUUGUAUUUAUUUAUACAGGUUUAAAAAAAAAUAA